AUGGCCAAGAGGCCGAAAGUUUCCGAAACGGAUGAUGAGACGCCAUCUGAAGAUAUGGAAGUAUCUCUCCAAGCAGAGAGAGUACUACUAGCGGAAAGUAUCCGCGAUGAAAUCCAAGAGUAUAUGAUGACAAAUAAUUCAAGCAAGAUGUCUGCAAAACACACAACGUUUAUCAUCAAAAAGAUCGACAAGAUAAUCGAUAUCCUACGAGAUAGUGAAGAGGAUCCGCUUCGAACUGUGAUGGACUCUAUCAACCAAAAGUUGGAUAAAGUGCUUUCAGCACCAACAACAAAACCAGUACAGAGUUAUGCACAAGUAGUGUCUAAGAAGGUGAAGCAACAACCUAAAGAAAUUCUACUGGUGGAGCCAGAACAGAAGGGUGGAGACCCAGAAAGAGCCAAGGAUCGUCUAAAACAGAACAUCAACCCAAGAAGAUUAGGAGUUGGGAUCCAAGCAAUGAGGAAGUUAAGAAGAGGCAGAAUAGAAAUUAAAGUUAACACAGCAGAGGAAAAAAGAAAACUAAGGGAAGAAAUAGAAGAAAAGACUGGCCUGAAAACCAGGGAGCCAGUGAAGAGACGACCGCGCAUUGUCAUCUAUGGAGUGGCCAAGGAUGCUCCAAAAGAAGAAGUUGAGGAGUGUCUAUUCGAGCAAAAUGAAAUCAUUAAUAGUAAUUUAGAUAUUAACAAAUACAGGAAAGAAGUGGAACUGAAAUUCAAGUAUGGAAGUCGGGAAAAACGAACAGUUAAUUCGGUGGCUGAAAUAAGCCCAAGAGUCCGUCAAUUACUAAUGGCUAAAAAGGAAAUUAACCUUUGCUGGUCAAGAUGUGGCAUAGAAGAAUACAUCAAUGUCACUCAAUGCUAUAAGUGUUGUAAAAUUGGACAUAUAGCGAAAAACUGCGUGGAAAGAGACGUUGUCUCUAGUCAAUGUGGGCAGAACCACAAAUUCAAAGAUUGCCCAAAUAAAGCAAGAGCUGACUGUUGUAAUUGUAGGAAAGAGAAGUUAAAGGACACGAAUCAUAACACAUGCGACAAGAAGUGCCCCCUUAUACAAAAAGUAAGAUGUAUGAUAAUGGCCAAAAUAGAUUAUGGCUACAAUUAA